AUGGUUCUCUUUGAUGGUGAUCUUGUUCUUUUACGUGUCAUUCGUGGUAUCAACUUGUCCAGUAAAGCCGAUCCCUAUUGUAUUGUCAAAACGAAUGUAGACACUGAUCAGACCCGAAAGACCUUUGUCAUUGAAAAGACAUUGAAUCCCGAAUGGGGAAAUGAAUUUAUCAUUCCAAUUUCUGGCCAAGUGCUUGAAAAGCUCACAACUAAAUCACUGGUGCUUGAAUUUACAGUGAUGGAUGAAAAUAAGAUCACCAAAGAUGUCUUUAUGGGAUCUGCAACUUUGGUGGUCGACACUGUACAAUUUCCAUUAAACGAAGCAGUGAAAAAAGUAGUGCCGUUACAAAAUACGAAAAAAGGAGAAAUUGAGGUAGCCAUAAGAAUUGUCAGAGUGAAUUCAAAUGGAGUUGAAAGCGCUGUUCAGAAAUGUCCAAUUCAUAACAUCUCUAUCAAUACCAUUUGCAAAACCUGUAGUGCAUUUAUUUGUUCAGCAUGUGCCAUUAGUUCCACUCAUCAUGGUCAUCAAGUGUUCCUAUUGGAAGAAGCUGAACUAGGAGAAAGACAAGAAAUUGAAAAUUUGAGGAAGCAAAUCGAAGAAUGGGAAAUUCAAAAUGGUAUUUCCAAUGAAAGUCUCGAACAGCAAAUGGGUGAAGCAGAGAUCAUUUGUGCAGAACAUAAGCAACGGAUCAGUGCUAUUUUUGAUGAACUGAGAAAUUUACUCAAGACAAAGGAAGAGCUCAUGUUGACCCAAAUCGAUGACGUUGGAAAAGCAAGAAUUAAAAUGCUCAUGAAAUUAAUGUCAUGGAAAUUGAACUGUAACGAGACAUUUACCAUCUUCAACCAAUGUAUGAAUUCCUACACAUUGGUUGAACAGAAAAUGGCCAAGUUUCCACAACUCGAGAAAUCAUUCCAAGAACCCAAAAAAAUAUUUAGAAGCCAGACUGACUUUAAAAACGGUCUAGUGACAUUUCAAAACAAGGUGGAAAAUGUCAGCAAACAAGUGAAAGACAAAUGCGAUGGCUUUAGUGCAUACAUGAUGUAA